GUAGAAAAAAAUCCAAUAAGGCUGCGUCGUCGUCGUUGUUCCAGUUCAAUGUUCAUAUCGACAUAACGUCACUCGAUGCUCACUAUGCUUCGCUCGAAACACAGGUCGUUCGUAUACUUGACGUGAACGUACGGUCUUCGACAAGAAUAGAGAACAUUCUAACAUCGAAUUGAACUCUACCGUAGCGAAGCACCUGUGGCAAGAUAAUCAGGCGCUAGAGCUUAACCAGUGCCACACUGCUGUGUGAAUUUUUUGUGUAUGUAGGCUACACAAAGUGAAGGCAUUGGUGCGAAAAGAAAGUCUCUUCUUUCCAAAGCACGAAACACAAAUAACUGAGUAGUUUGUGCAAAAAUCUGUAUUUAGUGGAUAAGCCAUGGAUAAGCUGCCGCUGGAAAUUAUUGAGAAAAUUCUUUUCUACUUGAAUCCUUAUGAGGACUAUCCUCAUACAAUUUAUGUUUCUAAAAAGUUCUGCCAAGCUACCCGUAAUAUAAUCAAGUACAGAAGUCGCAAUUUCGAGGUUUCAUUUCGCAAUGAUCGCAUCAAUUUUUGGAAAUAUAGGCGAUUUUCAGAGCAACUUGUCCCACCGAGCUGUGCGCAUCAUCGAGGAGCAAUCUGUGGCCAACGAAUGUUCAUCGUAUCAAAUCAAAUUUUCUGGAGCUUUGACCUCGUCGAGCGCAAAUGGACAAAACUGUCGUUCGCGCCCCAGGAGCUUUACGCAAAGGCGCUCUUCAAGUUCGAAAACAAAAUUGUUGUCUUUCUUGGACCUAGUUGGGACCAUGAAAGUGAUCAGGAUCAAGACAAAUCAGACAGCUCCGUGUUACUUUAUGAUACAGAGAAAAACCAGGUGACAUGCAUCACCGAGAAAGCGAAACCACCGUGCAGAUUCCUCACAAAUCCUACAGUAAUGGGGACCCAGGCAGUUCUCGUCCACUACAAUCCGAAGAAGUCAUCGUCGGGUAUGUCUGAUAUCCAUUGCCUCGACCUUGAGUCUUUGACAUGGACUUCGGAAACUGCUAUCUGCCGAGAUCAACCGAUUGAACUCGAAACACUGUGCCAGAUUAAGAUCUCGGAAAAUCAACUUGUUUACAUUGGGGCGACCUGGCAUGGAGAAGAAGCCUGGCUUCUGGAGAUAGGUGUUUUCUUUAAAUGGACCCGGCUUUCGGUGUUCAACGAGGAACAUGCGCCAAAAAAAGCUGAACAUUUAUCAAAACUCGUUAGAAUGGGCAGGCUUGCAGUAUGCCUGGCACCAGCGGAAAAUGCUUCCUGUCAGGUUGGAAACCGUUGUUGCCGUCACAGAGAUGGCCGCAAGAAAUUUUCAAGCCUCCAUAUGCUUGAUCUUAGCCAAGCGGUUGAUCAUAGGCAACUGACAUGGCUAAGGCCAAGCCGUGCCUGUGCGAUUCGUGGCGUUCUCACUGGAUACACUCUCCUAGCAACUCCGUACGAAAUACUUGUUUUCGGAGGACUUCGUGAAGAUUCCAAGGGACGGAAAACAGAAAGUAAUUCCCUGUACACAACUUACAUGGCAACCGACGAUACUUCCUCAGCAAAGUCAAUAUAAAGCACACACAGCUCAACACAUGAAAGCUACGUGACUCGACAGCUAAUGGUAAAUCGGCCUCUAAGGACGAAAAUCAGAAAGCGCGAACUAAAUAGUUCGAGUUCGUAAACAGUGAGAUUGAUUUUUUUAUGUACAUAGCUAAUGUAACAAAAUUGCACUAAGUUAUUCAAUUCUGCAUCGAAAAAAGAGAACUCUAUCUGAUCAGAGUGCGUUGAUGGGGCGACCAUGCCGAAAGUCGAGCUUUAAAGCACGUGCUGUUACACCAAAAUAAUUUUAUAACUAAAGGGACCAUGGUAGAUUCAAAGAAAACUUUUCUAAUGUAGUAUCAACUGAAAUGUGUUCUCGAAAUGUGGUAAAUUAAAAAAUAACAGUACGCAAAAGUCAACCAAAAUCUACGGCGAUUGUAUACUAGUAGUUGGAUAGCGACCUCCCUGAAGCUGUUAAACAGUAAGUAGGAUAAAAACAAGUUAUCAUGUUGGGAACAUGAUGCUUUACUGUUUUAAAGAAAAUAAUGAACUAAUUUUAAAUUAAAACCGACGCCUUAGCAAAUGUUUACUUUGAAGCCUCUACUAAAAAAUCAACUGAGGGUUAAUAGUUAAAAGCACUUCUUAUCUACAGUGUUCUUCGACAAUAAGUGAGUUUUAUUAUUAUACACACACAUAUAUUAUAUAUAUAUAUAUAUAUAUAUGUGUGUGUGUGUACGUGUAUAACCAUGUGAACCCCAGCCAACUAUUGUGCGUAAGUGCAAAAUGAGACCAUAUAGAAAUUAUAUGAAAAAUCUCACUUGUGUAAAAGAGAAAAGUAUCUCAGGUAGCAUAACCGCAGAAACACUUUCCACCUCGUAUCUUAAAGCGUUGUUGACCUAAAGCGUUGCUGACUCUGCGUGAGAACUAAAUGUUGUCCAUACCGAAAGAAAUUGAUGUUGUUUCAGCAUGAAAAGUAUCUAUUGUAUGAAUAUUCUAAUCUCAAGUGGAUUUAAUUAAGAGUAAAUAUUGGCAUGCACUAAUUUUAUCUUUGAUAAUAUGUAGCACUUGGGUGUGUUACCUAUGUAAUAAAAAAAAAACGAUUGUUGAUUGUAAUACAUAAAAACUCAUCAUUUCACAGCAUUAAAUAAUAGCCCACGUUAUAUCAUUAGCCUAACAUGUUAUACGACUAAGCAACUAAAAACUAAAGUGAUUA